AUGCACAUCCCCUCCUUACAUGCACCCUUGCCUCCAUCACCGGUGACUCGCACUCGCACUGCAUCUCUUCUCCCUCCUCCCCUGUGUCACAACCAAACCAACACAUCACAUCGCCUCCCACACCUUCCACCUCCACCACCACCACCACCACCAGGGUCGGAGGGAGGAGGCACGAGGAAAUCGGCUGUGGAGCAGUGCGACGCGAUGUCGACUGCCUUCAAUGCGCUAUUGACGAUCACUUCUCCCCUCCCCUCCCCUCCCCUCCCCAACCUCCUCAAUCCACUUAAAAAGGCACGACAUGGAGGCGGAAUCAUCGUCUUCUCCUCCUCCUCCUCCUCCUUUCUCAACCCUCUCCGUCGCCAGUUUGAUUCUGCCGUUGACGAAGUCGGUUUUGCAUGCUUUGGUGGCAAUUUGACGGAGUGGUUGGAGUUCCCCAAUGAAUUGUCGUGCACUGUUGUGUAUGCUGACAAUGCAUGCAAAGUGGAGAACUACACCAAGUGGUGGCAUGGCGAGUCUGGUCUUCGACAUCAGUUGAACCUCACAGCUGCCUGCAACUCCGUAUGCCGAGUGCGAGAUUACAAUAAUCGCUUUGGUGACUGGUUUUCCUGUCCACAAGCUUCUGACUACAACCCCGUGUGUUGGGAGUCCUCCUCUUCACCUCUCCCGGGGAAUGGGGACGCGAAGAUUCAGAUGUCUUUCCUUAAUCCCUGUCUCGCUGGCUGUGCCUCCCAGGGCUUUCACACUGAACCUGAUGGCAAAGUCGUGGAGAUUUACACCGACUGUAAUUGCGUUACCAACACCAGCCUUGUACCAGAGGGCGUUCAUUCUCUCGGGGGCAGUGCUUUACGUGGGACCACCAAAAAGGGCGUCUGUAGACCCCAAUGUCUCCGAUAUGCACCCUUUCUUAUCGUUACUUUCCUCACAAUCUUCCUCACCAGUGUAAAUCAAAAUCCCAGCAAUGUGAUCACUCUGAGGAUUUCCAGUCAUGAACUUUUUAUGUUGGCUGUUAGUUGCGUGGCUCCAGAGGAUGGAACGGCAGCACUCGGUCUUCAAGUCUUCUUUUCUCGAACCCUGGCCUUCAUUCCGACUCCCAUCUACUUCGGUGCCCUGAUGGAUCGCACGUGCCGUGUACGAGCGUUGCCACAACGGGUGAUUUGCGAAUCGCAACAGCACCACCUCCUCCUCCUGUCGGCGAUGAAACUGGCCCCAUUGGAGGGCGCCUGCUUGGAGUACGACGUGCACGCUCUCCCCUUCGCAUGGCUUGGCGGAGUGACAGUCUUCAAGUGUCUCAGCAUCCUUAUUGCCAUUCUCACCUGGCGCUACUCCUGGUAG